AUGAGUCCACUGGGCAAAACCCCCACCACGGCUUCAUCACAACCCGUCGACACAACAUCUCCAUCUCCGUCCCCUUCCACCCCUGCCCUCAACCGUCGCACCACCCUCACAACCACCGCCCACCACCUCUACCGCCGCCUUCUCACCACCAUCCUAAACCGCCACACCGACGACCUCCCUCCCUCUCUCGAUGGCCGGCACAUCCCACUCCGCCCACACAUCACGCCCCCCUCAGGGACAAACGGACCACUCCCACAGCCACCCCUCCUCAUCGACGAACGCCGCGGCUACCCCUACCUCUCCAAUUCGAUCCGCACCUCGCGGUACACCGUGCUCGAUUUCUUCCCCAAACAGCUAGUCUUCCAGUUCACGCGGCUGGCGAAUUUUUACUUUUUGUGUGUGGGCAUUCCGCAGACCAUUCCGGGGAUCAGUACCACGGGGAAUUACACGACGAUUUUGCCCUUGUUGUUUUUUGUGCUGUUGACUAUUGCUAAGGAGGGGUUUGAUGAUUGGAGACGGCAUCGGUUGGAUAAGGUGGAGAAUGCGAGGGUUACGGGGGUUUUGAGGGGGGGUGGGCAGGAGGAUGGAGCGGAGAGUAAGGAGAAGGGGGAGAGGUGGUGGCGGCUUGGUCGUGGAACCGGGAGUUCGAUGGAGGAGUCGCGGGUGGCCGAACAAGGUGAGACGGAGACGGGGGCCCAGGAGUCGUACCUUGGUUUGCGAUGGCAGACGGUCAAGUGGCAGGAUGUGCGGGUUGGGGAUGUCGUCAGGCUGGCUCGGGAUGAUGAUACACCCGCGGAUAUCGUGCUACUUCAUGCCGAUGGGGAGGACGGGCUGGCGUAUGUUGAGACGAUGGCCCUGGACGGGGAGACCAAUCUCAAGAACAAGCGGGUGUCUGCGCUGUUGAAGGGGUGCGAUACGAUAGAGGGGAUAUGCAAGUCCGGGGCGAAAUUUGUCGUGGAGGACCCGAACCCGGACUUGUACCGCUUCAACGGGCGGGUGACGGUCAAAGGAGAAACGCUGCCGCUCACGCUGAACGAGGUUGUGUAUCGGGGUUGCACGAUCCGCAACACCACGACCGUCCUCGGGAUUGUCAUCAACACGGGCGAGGAGACCAAGAUCCGGCGAAACGCGAACCGCCACCCAAGCGCGAAGAAGCCCGCUCUCGAGCGCAUGGCCAACAUGAUCGUCAUGGCCCUCGUCAUUUACCUCAUUGCCCUCGUGGCUGGGUUAUCUGGUGGAUACGCGCUCUUCCAGCGCGACUACGAGCGGACCGCCUGGUACCUUCAGGACGUCCCGGUGCCGUAUUCACACAUCAUCAUGGGGUUUGCGAUCCAGUUCAACAACGUCAUUCCGCUGGCGUUGUACGUGAGUUUAGAGAUUGUCAAGAUUUGCCAGAUGCUGCUGCUCAACUCGGACAUUGAGAUGUACGAUGAGGCGUCCGAUACGCCGGCGCGGUGUAACACUAACACUAUCCUCGAGAAUCUGGGCCAGGUCGGGUACUUGUUCUCGGAUAAGACGGGGACUUUGACGGAGAACGUCAUGAAGUUCCGCAAGUUGAGUGUCGCGGGCACGGCUUGGCUCCAUGAGAUGGACCUGCCGAGGAAGAAGGUUGAGGAUGAUGAUGACGAUGAUACUGUUGAUGGACAGUCUCGCGUUGAAGGGUUGGGGGCGUUGACUUCCAACCCUGAGGGGGGUAGUACCGCCCCCAGCGAGCCUCGACACUCAGGGUUCUUGUCUCCAACGUUCUCACCCGACCAAGUGUCUACUCGGAGAUCUUCCUCGCAAUGGCGUUCAACGGGCCGGCCUGACCACGUCCAGCCAGAUCUUAAUACCUGGGAUCUUUUAGAGUACAUCCGUCUACGGCCAAACUCUCCCUUUUCCAGGCGCGCUGUGCAGUACAUCCUGGCCAUGGCCCUUUGCCACACUUGCUUGCCCGAGUCCAAGGAUGGCAAGAUUGACUUCCAGGCGGCUUCCCCUGACGAGCUGGCUUUGGUCAGGGCAGCCCAAGAACUUGGGUUCUUGGUCAUCCAACGGAGCUCGCAGUCGGUUACGCUGCGAAUCACCACCGGCACAAACCAAGAACACACGGAGCGCACAUACCAAAUCCUGGACGUCAUCGAGUUCAGCAGCAAGCGCAAACGCAUGUCUAUCAUCGUGCGCUGUCCAGACGGGCGGAUCUGGCUCAUAACAAAGGGGGCUGACGCUGUUGUUCUCCCACGACUGAGAAUGGCAGAUUUGGCGAACCAAAAGGCCAAGGAGCUUCGGGAGAGCCUGGAUUUUGAGAGGCAACUGCUUCGAAAGAGUGAGGCCCGCGAACCACGGAAUAGCUUUGGUGGACGGCCUAGUCUUACCAUCCGGCGGAGCUUGGCCGUGGUUAGGCAGGGGUCCGUGACGGGGCCUACGAGCCCGCGGCCGAGUGGACUUCGCAGUCAGUCCUUUGAAGUCGGCCGUCUGGACCCUUUCGCUCACCUUCGUGCUCGGCCGCAUAUCAGCAACAACCGCAACGCGUCGUUCGACGUCCGCCGUCCCGAGAGCACGGCAUCCGUCCCGGAGUUUCACCAUCAGCCGGUCCCGAGCAAGUUCUCCUUUCUGGAUGAUCCCUCGCUCUCCGACGAUGCGGCCAUCUUCACCCGCUGCUUUCGCCAGAUCGACGACUUCGCAACCGAAGGCCUCCGCACACUGCUGUUUGCCCAUCGGUUUUUAACCGAGGCCGAGUACAACACGUGGAAGAGGCUGUAUCACGACGCCGAGACGAGCCUGGUCGAUCGCCAGGAACGCAUCGAGGAGGUCGGCGACCAGAUCGAGCAGUCCCUCGACUUAAUCGGCGCGUCGGGCAUCGAAGACCAGCUGCAGCCCGGCGUGGCCGAGACCAUCGACCGGCUGCGGCGCGCCAACAUCAAGAUCUGGAUGCUGACGGGCGACAAGCGCGAGACGGCCAUCAACAUCGCCCACUCGGCUCGCAUCUGCCGGCCCGGGUCGGACGUGUUUGUCAUCGACGCGGCUAAGGGGGGCUUGCACGGGCAGAUCUUGGCCAUCAUGGAGGACCUCCAGAUCCAAGCCGAAACCAACACGGCGCAUGUCACGGCGCAUACAGUCAUUGUUAUUGACGGACAUACCCUAGCCGCGCUCGAGGGACCUGACGCGUUGGCCGCCAAAACAGCGUUUUACAGGCUUGUACUCACCAUCGACUCCGUCAUCUGCUGCCGCGCUUCACCCUCCCAAAAGGCCCUGCUAGUCCGCACUAUCCGCCACAUUUCUUCUUCCACCACCACCACCUCUUCCCUCUUCUCUUCCACCGCCCCAUCCAAACUCCACACCCUCCUCCACCAACCCCUCCACAACCUCCUCCACCUCUGGACCCCCCCACCCCCACUCACCCUCGCCAUCGGCGACGGCGCCAACGACCUCGCCAUGCUCGCAACCGCCCACGUCGGCAUCGGCAUCUCCGCAGGCCACGAAGGCAGCCAAGCCGCGCGCGUAGCCGACUACGCGAUCCCACGCUUCCGCGCCCUCGCCCGCCUGCUCCUCGUCCACGGCCGCUGGAACUACGCCCGCACCGCCCGGUUCGUGCUGGCCACCUUCUGGAAGGAAAUGCUCUUCUACCUGCCCGCUGCGCUGUACCAGCCGGCUGCGGCGUAUACGGGGACGAGUUUGUAUGAGAUGUGGAGUUUGACGGCGUUGAAUACGCUGUUUACGAGUUUGUGCGUUAUUGUGCCGGGGGUGUGGGAGCAGGAUUUGAGUGCGGAGACGCUUUUGGCGGUGCCGGAGUUGUAUGUGUUUGGGCAGAGGAAUGGGGGGUUGAGGGGGGGGAUGUAUUUGUGGUGGAUGGUGGGUGCUGCGGUGGAGGGGGUUGUGGUGUGGUGGGUGUGUUGGGUGGGUUAUGGACAGGUGGUUGGGCCGGUGAGGGAUGGGGGACUGUUUGCCGUGGGGAAUUUGGUGUUUUCGGUGAAUAUUGUUUGGACUAACUUGAAGCUUUUAAUCCUCGACACCCACUACAAAACCAACAUCGUCCUCGGCGCCUUCACCAUCACCGUCGCCGGCUGGUGGCUCUGGCAAGUCUUUCUCGCGGGCGCCUACAGCCCCGAAAUCUGGCCCUACGCCGUCAAGAACGCCUUCUUCACCUCCUUCGGUCCGGACGCAGCCUGGUGGGCGUCACUAUUCGCCGCGCUUGGCGCCCUAGUCUCGCUCGAACUGGCCUACAAGGCGGUCAGGCGGAAUCUUGUGGUUGCUGGUCUGUGGCGGCGCGGGUGGAAGUGGACGCGCUGGGAGACGUGGCGGGCGGCGUUUGUCAUGGGGGGUCCUAGGAGUGGUGGUGGUGUAGCGGCUGAGGAAGGGAUUAAGGGGAGUGUGGAGGAGUGGGAUGUGGAAUUGUGGCAGGUUAUGGAGCAGGAUCCGGCUACUAGGGAGACGCUGAAGAGGAUGAGUAGGUUUGGGUUUGAGGGGAAGGAUGGGGGGCAUGAGGAUGAUGCUGAAGAAGUCGAGGGGUGUAGUGAGCGGGUGUAA